AUGGCAGCCUAUACACUUGGGCACCACCUGGUGGGUCAGGGGCUGCUAGACGCCUUUAACUUCUUCCAUGAUUCGGACCCGAGCAGAGGUUUCGUCAAUUAUCUAGACGAAGCUAGCGCUCAUGCUCAAAAGCUGGUCUCCAUUGACACCGCCAGUAGAGUUCGACUGGGCGUCGAUAGCACCAACUUCUACAAUUUGACGGACGUUGGUAGAGCUAGUGUAAGACUGACGACUAAAGAGGCGUUCAACCAUGGCUUAUUCAUCGCCGACUUCAACCGAAUGCCAGCAUCCACCUGCGGUACUUGGCCAGCGUUCUGGGCCCUCAACAACGCCGACAAUGGCAUCCAUUGGCCUGUCGGAGGUGAACUGGACAUUAUAGAGGGACAGAAUGACGUUCGAAGCAACCUAUUUGCCGCGCAUACAACCGCUGGUUGCUCCCAGCCUGCUUCCGGAUUCAGUGGAAUCUCUACACGUAUGGAUUGUGGCCCAGAUCCAAUGAACCUUGGAUGUACCUAUAUUCCACCACCGUCCGAUGACACGUCGUACGGCGAUACCUUUAACGCCGCGGGCGGGGGCGUCUAUGCCAUGCAGUGGGAAGAAGACGGUAUCAAGAUCUGGCAUUGGAGCCGUGACAUGAUCCCUGACGACAUCAAAUUUGCCCCUGGCUUGACUCCAGACCCAGAAACUUGGGGAACUCCUCAAGCCAUCUUCGGCGGAUCCAACUGCGAUACUGACACCUACUUUUACGAUUUGAGCCUUGCUAUUAAUAUUAAUUUCUGUGGUGAUUAUGCCGGCAACCUCUGGGCAAGCAACCCGAGGUGUAGCGCCUUAGCUCCAACCUGCAAGGAGUAUGUAGCUGACAAUCCGUUGGCAUUUACUCAAACGUACUGGGAAAUCAACUACAUCGAGGUCUGGAACAGACUAGGCUCCGGACCAGACAGCACGACAGGCUCGAACAGCACAGCACCACCAUUUCCAACGAACUCCACCAUACCCUCGACCACGCGUAUGGUCACUCUGUCGACUGUAGAUACAACGGCCAUACCUACCGGUGCCAACGGCGGUCUGAUCGACCCCGAGAGCAUCGGCGACUACACGCUCCUGGGUUGCUUCGGCUCCACAGGGGGUUACCAGACGUUCGAGGCCACUGCCGACUUGCCUGACAUGAACAACGAUGCCUGUGUCGCAGCCUGUGCAGCCGACGGUAAGAAAUUCGCAGGCACCUUUGAGACCACCUGCUAUUGUGCCGACACCCUCGGCGACUCCGUGGCCACCGACAACGGCCGCUGCGACCAUCGGUGCCCUGGCAGCGCACUGCAGACAUGCGGCGGCGUCGUAGGACCAGCCGGACCAGGGGGCAAUGUGACGAUCCCGCCAUUCAACUCAACCGGUGCCAACGACACCGCCUCCAUCUUGGUGCGCACCCACCACAACCGCCGUGCUGCUCCGGCUACCAUUCUGCUGACGCUAUAUGGUAACAUCACCGGCGAGGUCGCUCCUCCGGCUCCGGGCAUCGGCGGUGGCAAUCCGGCAGCUACCACAACUGCAAUUAGGAAUACGACGGUGACUAACAUGGUCACGAUCACCACCGCAGUGACGGUCAAGUACACGACAAUCUGCGCGACCAACCCGGCCACCCUCGUCGAGCUGCAGUACUGCACGACCCUGACGAUCGAGAAAUGCGGGUGCAGCAAGACGCCCGGCAGCGGUGCCCUAUUCCCCAACGCGACCGGUAUCGCGCCCAUCACGGCCGUCGCCCCGGCACAGACCCUCGUCCCCAUGGUCACGCUGACCGAGACCUGCAAGGCGUGCGGGAUCCGUGGCGAGAACACCGUGACGCUGACCGUGCCCCAGGCCGUGGCGACGGGCGGUCCCGAGGUGGUGGUCACCGCCUUCGCCACUGCAAUGGUGAUCCCGCUCAAUGUCAGCGCCGCCGCGGCUGCCAAUGUCAGUGCGAAAGCCAGCCAGAUGCCAGUGAUGGCCGGCGCCGACGGACUCGGCGUUGGCGGUGUUAUAGGGUGGGGCGUGAUGGUCUGGCUUGGUGUAUUUGGGAUUAUGGUUGUUCUGUGA